AUGGACGACGACUCCCUAGGCGCCGCGCCGCCGCCGCUCGACAGCAACGGACCGGACCCACGCGACGACGACGACGAUGCCUCGGCCUCCGCGUGCGGGAGCCCGUGCUCCGUCGCCAGCGACUGCAGCACCGUCGCCUCCGCCGACCUCGACGCGCUCCUCCUCUCCGCCACCGCCGCCAACCUCGCCCUCUCCUCCCCGCCCUCGCUCCUCCUCCUCGACGAUGCCCCAUCCCCCGCCGCCGCCGAGGCCGCCGCUACCAGCAGCGGCGGCAGGAGGACGAGCGUGUUCGCGCUCGACGCGCCGCCGCUCUGGGGUCUCGAGUCCGUCUGCGGACGCCGCCCGGAGAUGGAGGACGCGGCCGCCGUGCUGCCGCGCUUCCACCGCCUCCCGCUCUCGAUGCUCUCCGCGCCCGCCGACCCCGGCGCUGACGGGCUCGACCGCGCCUCCUUCCGCCUCCCGGCCCACUUCUUCGCCGUCUACGACGGCCACGGCGGCGCCCAGGUCGCCGACCACUGCCGCGGCGAGCUCCACAACGCGCUCGUCCGCGAGCUGCGCGCCGCCGAGCUGCACGACGACCACCAAGCUGCGGACCCCAAGAAGCGCUGGGAGAAGGCGUUCGUCGACUGCUUCCGCCGCGUCGACGCCGAGGUCGCCGCCAAGGCCGCCGACACCGUCGGGUCCACGGCCGUGGUCGCCGUCGUCUGCUCCUCGCACGUCGUCGUCGCCAACUGCGGCGACUCCCGGGCCGUGCUCUGCCGCGGCAAGGAGCCGGUGCCGCUCUCCCUCGACCACAAGCCCAACAGGGAAGACGAGUACGCGAGGAUCGAGGCGCUGGGCGGCAAGGUUAUCCAGUGGAAUGGCUACCGAGUUCUCGGCGUUCUUGCCAUGUCCCGCUCCAUUGGUGACAGAUACCUGAAACCUUACAUAAUCCCGGUCCCGGAGGUGACGGUGGUGGCCCGUGCAAGAGACGACGAGUGCCUCGUCCUCGCAAGCGACGGCCUCUGGGAUGUUCUGUCAAACGAAGAGGUGUGCGACGCUGCUCGCAAGCGGAUACUUCUGUGGCACAAGAAAAACGCCACUGCUGCCGUUGCCCGAGGAAGCGACGGUGGCUCGCCGGAUCCAGCAGCUCAGGCGGCCGCCGAGUACCUGUCCAAGCUUGCGCUCCAGAAGGGAAGCAAGGACAACAUCACCGUCCUGGUGGUCGACCUCAAGGCCCAUAGGAAGUUCAGGAGCAAACCUGACAAUAACAACAGACAGACAGACAGACAGUAG